UCCAGUUCAUGAACCUCCUGCAGUUUCCUUCGAUGCAUGAAUACACCAAGAAGCCUCCGAUGCAGCUCAGUCCUGCGGAUGAGAAACUUCUGGCCGCCAGUCAACAGUUCCAGAAGAAACAGAGCAAAGGAACCAUCAAUGUUUGGUGGCUGUUUGACGACGGAGGCUUGACACUUUUGAUACCGUAUUUGCUAACCAACAAAAAGAAAUGGCGCGACUGCAAGAUCCGUGUGUUCAUUGGAGGAAAGAUAAACAGGAUUGACCACGACCGCAGAGC